AUGCAGGACACUACACAGCUAAACAAGUCUAAGCUGGGUACCAAACAGUACUGGGACGACUUCUACGCUGUAGAAAGGAAGAAUUUCAAGGCAAAUGAGGAGGAUACCGGUGAAUGCUGGUUUGACGACAAUGAUGCAGAGCAGAAGAUGGUAGACUUUCUUUCGGACAACAUCGAACAAUAUUCGAUUGAAAGUGGAUCGUCGAUGAUCGAUUUGGGUACGGGGAAUGGCCACCUACUGUUUGAAUUGGCCGAGAACGAUUUUGCUGGGCCGAUGUUGGGAGUCGAUUAUUCGGAAGAAAGUGUUCAGUUUGCAAACGAGAUUGCGCAAAGCAGAGGUCUUUCUAGCACAAUUACAUUCGAACAGGCGGAUAUAUUCAGCGAUGAUUGGAGCCCUGGGGAGUUUGAUAUUGUGCUGGAUAAGGGGACUCUGGAUGCAAUUGCCCUCAGUGGGCUGCAGAUCGGGAAUAAAUCUGUAGUAGAGUGCUACAGUACUGUCGUGGAGAAACUGUUGAAAGAUGGGGGUGUGUUUCUCAUAACUUCUUGUAAUUUUACUCAGGAGGAAUUGACCAAGAUCAUAGAGACGGACAAUUUAAAAGUGUGGGAGACGGUCGACUACCCAGUGUUUGAGUUUGGCGGUGUCAAGGGUACGCCAAUCUGCACAAUUGCAUUUGUGAAGGGUGUCUUGUGA